CCUUGUUUUAGCUCGUGGUUUGAAGGGGCGGGGCUAGAGGGAGGUCAAAGGUCAUGUCAUAGAUUCUACAGAAGGCGAGAACAUAAUCAACCUUGACCUCUGACUGUACACACCUUCGUCUUCUUUGUUUCCAAGGAUCGCAAAGAUGCGCACGAGUUCCGUUUUCUUUGUCGUGGCCUCCAUCAUGGCGGCCUCCGUCCUCGCCUCGGGGUCUCAUUCAGAAAUGCCUCAACACCGCCACGCGUUACCAAAUCCUUCGAUUGAGAGAUCCUACAUGCCGGAACCUCAUCCUAUGGCAUCCUUCUACCAACACCAGAGGCUGCAGCAAUCACCUGUGAAGACUUCUAGACUUUUCAGCGUGUUUGAAACUCCCGGGCUUCUGAAGAUCGGCAAGAAAGUAGGGGAGUUCCUGCUGGGGUCCUUAGUGGCUGUCGGGGUCCUGAUUCUAGCCGGGGUCCUCUUCAGCGCCUUCACAGGAGCCAAUUUCCUUCUCCCGUUCGGUCUCGGAGGCAGAUCCUUCGAGGACUUCCAGCAUGCUUACGAAAUUGCGCAACAGGUGUACAGCGCCGUAGAAAAUUUUGCGUUUUGAGUUUUUAUUAAUUUUUUGUAAUCGUUUAUUUUUAAAGUUUAUUUAUCUGUUUAUUUGUUAUUAUUUUUUAUUGUUGCGUUUUAGAUUGUAAGGUCUUCCCGUGUUUUUAUUAGAUGUGAUUGCAUAUUUUGUAUUUUUUUCUCUUGUAAGAUUUGGUCUAUUUUUUCUUGAAUAGUUUUCUUUUUACAUAUAUAUCUUUUUUUAUCUAAAUCUUUUAUUUUGUAUUUGAGAAAUCUAUUUAUUCAAACUGUAAAUAGUUUUAAGUCAGUGAUCACUAGGCUUAUUUAUUUCAUCUAUUUCCUUGUUUAUAUGCUAUUUUUGUCUAUAUUUACUUAUUCCUC